AUCUGUGUGCGUGUGAGUGAGAGCACUCUGAGCAGCUCUGGGAGAAGGGAAUCUGGCCAACAGCUUCGCCGGAGGAGGCGCCUUAGAACAUCGGGAAUCGACGCUCCGAUAGUCCGACUCUGGUCGGUGAGUGAGUUUACUCUAAGACCGUUUUCCGAAUGCUUUGAUUCCAUUCUGGAAGAGGUUUGGGGGAGAACGGUGUUGCGUUUGCAAACAAGGGACGGAGUUUGCACACAGGAUUACCGCCGAUGGGGGUGGGGAAGGAUGUCCGUCCGGCCGCCGCUAGGGAGGCUGUCGCAGGGACGGUCGCCGCAAGACGACUGCUGAAAGUUUCUUUUGGAGAAAUGAUAUUUAAUUAGCACUGUGGCACAAUUCACAAUUGACGGUUGAAUGAACAAUUCUUUGUUUAAUCAGCACUGGACUGCGGCACUACUCACAAAUGACUGCUGAGAGGGAAUGAGCUAUUUUCCAAGCAUUGGAAUUGGGUCCCUGGCUGCCUAAAAUGUCCAGCAUCAUCUCCAGAAAUCUAUUAACAAUCCUUCACCGUCGAGGUGGCAACUCAGCUGAAAUCUUAAAGUUCUCUCCUCACCCCACAUGCUCUUCUCCCUUCCGGAUUGCUGUGGCUGCUUUCUCCACUGUCUCCCAAAACCAGCCUCCCGAAAAUGACAAGCGGUCAUCAUGGUCCAAUGUGUUCCUUUUCAUACCAGGAGCUAUCACAUUUGGCCUUGGCACUUGGCAGAUCUUGCGAAGAAAAGAAAAGGUUGAAAUACUCGAGUACAUGCAAAAUAGGCUAGGAAUGGACCCUUUAAAAUGCAAUGAGUUAUCACUCUCAAGUGAAGAUUUGAAUGGUCUAGAGUUAAGGAAGGUUCUAUGUAGAGGGGCUUUUGAUGAGAUGAAGUCGGUUUAUGUGGGGCCUCGUUCCAGAAGCAUUUCUGGGGUGAUAGAAAACGGCUACUACGUUAUUACUCCUCUCCAGCCAGUCUCUGAUGACCCAAAGGACAGCACCAGGUCACCAAUUCUCGUUAAUAGAGGAUGGGUCCCGCUCAGUUGGAGAGACAAGUAUUUGGAAAUGUCAAAAGAUGAGAUGCAACCACUUAGUUUACUGGCACCCUCAGCUUUAGAACAUGAAAAAUAUUCGUGGUGGAGAAUUUGGUCAAAGAAACUCAAGUAUUCCGAGGUUAUUUUUCUCUUGCAUAUGUCUGUCAACCUUAGUAAUACCGAUGUACGGAGUAUAUUUAUAUGAACGCAAGAGUGCUUUAUGUUGUACAAACAGGGAAACGUUAAAUCUGUUAUAUCCCCUAUAGAAGUUGUUGGUGUUAUAAGAGGAAGUGAAAAGCCUAGCAUUUUUGUUCCGGAAAAUGAUCCAAACUCCAACCAGUGGUUUUAUGUUGACACUCCUGCAAUUGCCCGUGCUUGUGGACUUCCAGAAAACACUCUCUACAUUGAAGCCAUCAAUGAUAAUGUUGAUCCCAGCAGUCCAUACCCUCUUCCGAAGGAUCUUAAUACAUUACUUUGCAGUUCCGUAAUGCCUCAAGACCAUCUUAACUACACACUGACAUGAUUGGUUCAAACGAGAUGUUUGGGAGUGAAAGCAGUUCGUACAAAUCCACGAAGGAGAUACUGAUUGAACAAGAUGAUCCAAUCAAGAGGAGAUUGUUUGACGAAUCUUCAACAACCAAGUCCGAAAAAACGCUCAAAUCAAUCAAGGUGGAGAAAUGAGAGGCAAAUCGAGGAUGUAGAAUGUGCUUUUGCGUUGGGCGAUUAAAUGAUUUUUGCAAAUUUAGAAAAUGCUAUUCAGACACUAAUCUCUCUUCCUGUCCUCUCAAAUACUUAAUUACAAUUUUAAUUGUGUACUAAAACUUUGUGCUACGUAUAGUUGGCUUUUGUCCGUUCUUUAUUUUGUUAAAACUCACUUUGUGCUAAUUAUUGUAUUAAUGUCAUUUCUUUUACUUAUUCCAAAUAUGUUGCGAUGAUAUUUUGUUAUAUUAUUAUAAUGGAUAUAAGGUUUCUAUGGAAAUAAUGGAUAUGUCGGAAUUAAUUGUCGUUUCUAUUGUUGAAACGUGAGAAAUUAAAUUUUACAAUUCGAGAAAUACUUAGUUCAAAUGUGCAUUUUUUAGUUUCUACGCUGGAUUAAGGCUUCUAUGUUUCUCAACAAAUUAAUUAUUAAAUAAAUUUAGAGCAAAAACAUUCAUACAUCAAUUAAUUACUCCCUCCGUCCGCCUAAGAUGUUCUCAUUUUGACUUUUGGUGGUUUUUAAGGAGAGUUGAAAAAAGGUGAAAGUUUACCAUAAUACCCUUAAUGAAAAAUGGGUGGAGUGUAUUAAAUGAGGUGGGUGAGGUGUAAUAAAUAAAGUAAGUGGGG